AUGGCAUCCGAUUCCUAUAUCAAGUGUAUCCUUUCUCAUUCUUCGAGGGAAACUCUUAUCGCCGAAUGCCCUGCCUUGGCGCUCUUCCUUUAUCAGCACAUGGUAGCCAUUUUUGGUUCUGGUGGCAGGGUGCAGGACCCCUUUGCGAACAGCUCACGGCAAGAUGGUGUCACGCAACUUCUCUCAGCACAGUGCUUGUCAAGCGCAUUCGGCAUGAUAUUUCGCAACACGGCCGCGUCUCCUUCGGGAGCGGCCGAGGAGCAUCCCGCGAAUGGCUCACCGCACGAGUGGUUUUGGACGACGCUACGGGCGGCGCUGGAGUCGUCGUGGAGGCCACACACGGGGCUCUGGGCGGGGGAUCCCACCCCGACCCCAGCGGCCGUGCUUUCGGGCCAUCCCCUCAUGCACAUCGCUGGGGACCCCCAUUUUUCCUUCCCUGUGGGCGCCCCAGACCUCUCCACCGAUGGCAUGGGGAUCCCCCUUAGCGCGGUCUCUCUUCGCAACGCGCUACACACGAGCCGGCGCUUUUUGCGAAGCGCCAUGACCUGCGCACUGGCAGGCUCGUUGGCCCCACUGGGGGAUCUGAAGCAGCAGCACGCGCUGGGAUCGAUUUUGCUGCUGCUCCGCCUCGUUCCGCCUGUCGGCGCCGCCGAUCACGGCUGCGUGACCUCGGAGGGGCUGAACUUUUGUUUGAUGCCACAUCCCCGGCAAUGGUGGGUGUUGGUGAGCGGCGCGAUCGACCGCGUGCGGGCCCUCCUGCGGGACGCCGAGACGGUCCCCACGACGCGGCUUUGGCAGCUCCUCGCGGUUCUUGCGUCGUUGGAUGGGGUACGGUAUAUGUACGCGUUUCCUCAGAAAACAACGGACCUCGCUGGGCACCAUCUGCUCGCGCGACUCGCGGAGGUGGGGCUGGUCUAUCUCGUGCAAACGCCUGCCGGAUCGCGGUGUUUUGUCCUUUCCCCGCAUUUUCACCACGCACUGGAGUGGCGAGCGACGGCCCCUCUCUGCUUGACCUCCAUGCUCGUGGAGGGCGCGGGCUUGCCCAACACGCGGACCGUGCGGCGGGAGGAUAUCGACACCAUUAUCACCGAAACGAACUUUCGACUCUAUGCUUACACAAGCAACCCGGAUCUGAUUCGCAUCAUCGAGCAGUUCGCCGUCCAGGAAGAACUAGUGGAGGGAUUGCUGCGAUGCUAUCGCAUCACACGAGAGUCGUUUGCGGCAGCGCUGCGUAAGGGUCUUACGGCGGCGCAAAUUCUUGAAUUUCUGUCUCUACGUGCACACCCCAGCAUGCUUCAGAAAUACGGUUCCGAGAAAGGAAGGGUAGCGUUGUCGCCGAGCUACGCGAAGGGCUCUGAGGUGUCUAUGAUUCACUCUGGCGGUGCGUCUGAGGUGAACACCGUGGGCCUUGCGACCGCGGACGUCGGGUUUGCUAUUCCGCAAUCUCUGUGCGAUCAGUUGUAUAUGUGGGAAAGUGAGUGUAGUCGUGUAGUCUUCAAGAAGCAUUUAGUGCUACUCAACUGUAUUUCAACCGAGCAGCAACGUCUUGUGAAAGGCUUUCUGAAUGAAAUGGGUAAGUCAGACGCGAUUGUACACAUGGAGCCAGGAUACAUGGUUUUGCAUGAAGAGGUUUAUAACCAAUUUAUUGCCGGUGCCGUAGUGGAAGUUUAG